GUUGGAUCGUGUAUCUAUAUAUAUUGACUGAUCAGUGAUCAUAUCGGCCAACUUGACCCAUCUUUUCAAGACUAUUUUAUCUCCAAUUCUUGUAGUUUGUAACAAGCAUAUUCAUUACCACCUCAUAAUGGAAGUGGGAAGAAUACAAACCUUGGCUUUGGAUAACCUCAAAGAGAUUCCACCUCAGUUCAUUCGUCCAGCAAAUGAAAGGCCAGAAAACACUAAAGCCCUAGAAGGUGUCACUGUGCCUCUCAUCUCGUUGUCUCAACCACAUGAUCUUUUGGUGAAGGAAAUAGCCGAAGCUGCUUCUAAGUGGGGGUUUUUCCAGGUAACUGAUCACGGUAUAUCACACACGUUGAUCCAACGUUUGCAAGAGGUUGGUAAGGAGUUCUUUUCCCUCCCUCGUGUAGAGAAAGAGGCUUAUGCAAAUGACCCUUCCAAUGGUAAGUUUGAGGGCUAUGGCACAAAAAUGACCAAAAACCUUGAAGAAAAGAUAGAGUGGGUUGAUUAUUUUUUUCAUAUCAUGGCUCCUCCUUCUAAAGUCAACUACGACAUGUGGCCCAAACUCCCUCCUUCCUACAGGGAAGUUACAAAAGAAUACAACAACGAGAUGUUAAGGGUAACAGAUAAGGUUUUGGAGGUUUUGUCCGAAGGGUUAGGGUUGGAGAGGAAUAUUUUGAAGUCAAGCUUGGGAAAUGAAGAAAUAGAACUAGAAAUGAAGAUAAAUAUGUACCCACCAUGUCCACAACCACAAUUGGCUUUGGGAGUUGAGCCUCACACUGACAUGAGUGCCCUUACUCUACUCAUCCCAAAUGAGGUUCCAGGACUCCAAGUUUGGAAGGAUGAUUCCUGGGUUGCGGUCAAUUACUUGCAAAAUGCACUCUUGAUACACAUUGGAGAUCAACUUGAGAUACUAAGCAAUGGAAAGUACAAGAGUGUUUUACAUAGAAGUUUGGUGAACAAAGAAGAAAUGCGCAUGUCAUGGGCAGUAUUUGUUGUGCCUCCACAUGAAGAGGUCAUAGGACCUGUCCCUUCGCUCGUUAAUCAUCAAAACCCAUCCAAGUAUUCAACAAAAACCUUUGCUGAGUAUCGUUAUCGCAAAUUCAAUAAGCUUCCCCAAUAAGAGACACAUUGAAGAAUCGUCACUUGUCGUAUGUAGUAUGUUGUAUUCAUGAAAUAAAUUUGUAUGCCAAAUAUGGAGGAAUUCCAUCGCAUGGUACGAUAUAUCCAUCUUCAUUAACUAGCUUAGCUAAUUUCAAUUACGAGAUUAGUUUUAAAAUCAAAUCACCUUAUUAUUCUCUUAAUAUUUUGUAUGCGUCAUUUUCCAUCAAAAUAAAAUAUUUAAAUA